AUGCUCUUCUCGUGGUCGCCCAAACCGUUCACUUCUGAAUUUUCAAGCUACAACGCCAAACAUAACAAUGCGUCAGACCGUCUUCCCCCGCUCCUAGUCGCCCUCAUCGGGUGUUACAGCAACCUCGUGCAAGCUGAUCAUGCCAUUGGAAUGGCUAUGACGUGCUCGCAGCGCACCCCCAACAACAACCCCACUACGAACCGGAGCCCUCGAACUAGUGCGCUGGCGACAAUGGAGACCACAAAAACGACAACAGACGCAACAGACGCGGAAGAUGA